GCAGCAGACCCGACACAGUGCGCAUGCGCGCGCAGACGGCCCCGCCCCUGAGCGAGGAGUGGCCGCGUGCGCGGAAUGUUGACGUCACAGCGCCGCCCGCGUCACUGGCUGUUGUUGUAGAUCGAGAGAGGAGGCCUUGAAGUUACACCAUUGAACACCAGAUUUGCCGAGGAAUAGGAUGGCACCAAGAAUUUGGUUGCUGGGAAUUACAGGAAUUCUUUGUGCAAUAAGCCUUGGAACCUGGGGAGCAUCGGAUCCUGUUCCCAGUUGCAAUGCCACUACCAACACAAAUUGUGCAGAAUGCUUGAGGAAUGUUUCGUGUUUAUGGUGCAAUACCAAAAAUAAAUGUUAUCAUUACCCUGUGAGAAAGAUCCUGCCGCCGAAAUCUCUAUGUCCACUGUCUGAUGCACGAUGGGGAGUCUGCUGGGUGAACUUUGAAGCUUUGAUCAUUGCCAUGUCCGUAGCUGGGGGCAUUAUAAUCUUGUCCAUAUGUGUCUGCUGUUGCUGCUGUUGCUGCAGGAAGAAAAAGAACAGACAGCAUGAUGUUGCAGAUCAAAAAAUGGAAAGAGAAAAAGAACAGAGGAAAAUGCGGCAAGAAGAAAGGAAAAGCGAAAUGAAAGGCCGGCAUGACGAGAUCAGGAAGAAAUAUGGUCUCUUCAAUGAACAAAAUUCUUACACCAAAUUUGAAAAUAAGUAAUGCAAUGAAAUGCAGGCUGUUCUUUGCCAAAAGAUUCCAAAUGAAUACUGUUUCAAUAGUGCGAUAUCUUUUAUAUACAGUAGUUACUAACCCCUCCUAGAUGUUCAGAGGAAGUGUAAUUAAACUAUCCAAGUUUACAGCUUUUAUUCACUAGGGAGGAAUAACCUUUUUUAAAUUUGUCAAAUUCUGGAUCAGAUGCUGUUUAAUCCCGUUUCUAAAAGUUUAAUUCUGUGUUUCUGAUAUCUGCGUUGGCAAUUACUGGUCUCGUCUGUGAAAUGAGUGUAGAAUAUGGACCAAACUACUGGUGGCUGCUUUUCUGAAUUCCCUAAUGCAAUGUUUUUUAUUUAGAAUUACUUCAAAAUAUUAAUAAUAUAUACAAAUCAGUUUAAUUGGAAUUUUCCAGCAGGACACUUGUCUGAUUUCAGAGUCAAACCUGUGUCUUCUUUCUCUAUUCCACUUUGUGGAUGGGAGGCAUUUUCAUUUUUUAUUUUGGCUCCACCUGAUUUAUACGGACAAGUCGAAUGAAGCCCUUUUUAUAUCAACACCUGCAAACCAAAGAGAAGCUAGAAGUGGAAAUGUAGCAUUUCCAAAUGGCUUAGAGAAAGGGGUGGAACAAUAAAAUGGGGAAAUCAAGCAUGGUGCCUUUCUGCUUAAUAGAAUACCAUCUGUGCUCUUAAAGGUCAUGUUUGUACAUUUUCUAUUGCCUUACACGCUGUAGACUGAUCAAUAUACAUUAAUAGGACAGUCCACUCGCAUUGCUUUCUCUGUGUGGAAAAGCUGCAGAAAUGCUUAAUUGCUGAACUGUACCAAAAAUAAAGAAUAAACAAAUGGUGUUAAAUUUUGAAUUAAA